UUAUCCAGUUCCGGAAUGAUCACUAUCAUGUGAUUAAACUGCUGUUUAUCGUCUGUCACCAGCUUCUUCCAAUAAAUCUGCACCAGUAAUAAUGCUCGUGAAAGUUUUCACCCUGCUGUUGAGUUUCUCUUAUGUAAUAAGUGAUGGACAAGUGCGCCAAAUGGUAACUUCUUAUAACCCUGGCUGUCAGACGCAGAAAUGCCCCGAGUGCAGUCCUGGUGUGGUCUAUGUUCAAGCCAAGGGUGAUAAUGACAUUUUGCACUAUGUAGUCUCAGCAUUAGGGGGCCCUCCAACUGCCUUGGUCAUCAAAACCAACAGACCCAAGGAGAGGUACCAGCUGAAUAUUAACUGUAAGAUGAUGGCCUCAAAGAAUGACACAGAGAGAAAGGCAGCCAUCACACUCCCUAGUGGACUAAAAGAGAUUUACUCAUAUGGGGUUGUUUUUAGUAGGCUAUUUCAGUACAAUGACACAGCUGACAAAGCUGACAUUACUGCAUACAACAUCAACAGUACAAAGUGGCGAGUGUACGACUUCACAGAGUUUGAAUGGCAGGACAUAACAACCUGGUCAUCCAAUAAUCUGAUUGUCAUGAAGGUUAAAACCAGUGGAGAAGUGAUGGAUGCAGCAUUUUACAAUGAAUCCCUAGUGCUUCAAUUCCACAUGUUUGACCACUCUGAUAGAUCUAAGGAACUGCCCCACCUCCUAUACGAUGCAGACUCCACCCAGUUUGACUUCACCCUUCAGGACAUAGACACUGGCAACUACUCCUCGGCCAGGUGGGGGCUAGAGACAGUGCUUCUGGGUAGUGAUAAAAAGACGGCCGGCAUGCAUAUUGAGACCAAAAAGUCCAUAGACGAUGAAUACACACCUGGAGUUUUUGAGAUGUCCAACUGGCUGACCAGGCCAGGAAAUGAGGCCAAUGGGGGAUACUUGCAGUGGAAACCCGUCUGUUACCUCAAGCCUGGCAGGGCCCGCUCAGUGGCUACCAAAGUAGACUACACCAAUUUAGCCUCCACCUCGGAUGUCAAUGUAGAUACCUUUCUCCAGAGCAGUAUCAUGUACUCAUAUUUCCCAGAUAUCAUGAAUGUAUCGAGAUCUGCCACAAACUUCACAUUUGGUUUGGAAAGUGAUGGUGGAUUCACAAAAACUAAUUUCACUUCAUGGACUGCCCAGCUUGGCUUUGGUGCUCCUCCUGAGGACAAAGUCUCCUCCCUUGUGGUGGGCGUGAUCUCGGCGGGGUUAGGUCUUCCGGUCAUCCUCAUCAUGUUCGGGGGACUGUUUGUGAUCAUCAAGAAAAAGACCAGUAAAGAGGGCUAUACAGACCUGGAUACAGAUAGAUCCAAUAUACAAUGAGAGGCUGCUCAACAUUCCAAGGGACCUAUUGUCUGUGAAAAUACUCAAGGAGAAUCAUUCGGUGCUAGAAAUAUUGUGGUUUGGAUUUGAAGUAUUCCUACCUCUUUAUUUAGUGUAUACCCAUAUGAGACUCAGUAACUGUUUUUUUUGUAGUGGAAGAGUAUGAGUUGUGCAAGCAAAGUUUUCACAAUUUAAUUUCAUUGUGUGCAUUGUUACUGAGUGCUUUUUAUGUCUGUGAUGUGAGUUUGUAUGCUAGUAUUUUCUAGUAUAAGUAAAAGUUUACAGUCAUUUUGUUUCUUGCUGUAAUAAGAUGCAUUAAAAUUUUGUGUUGACUUCAUAGAUAAAAGAUUCCAAGGUCUGUGAUGCAUGGUAUUUCCAAGUUGUGAUGAAAAAAUGCAAUAUUUUGAUUUUGUUAUUCUGAAUGUGUCAUGUAUUGUUGAACCCGGUUUGUUAGGUAUGUUAAUAAGCUUGUUUGAACAAAUCUAAUGUUUGUAUUUGGUGAAUCUCUAAUACUUGCAUAGUACUGUACUUUCAUGACAUUAAAAUUAGGAGUUCAUCA